AUGAAAAUAUGUUUUUCUAAAAAUUUCAGGUGGGCUACACCCCGGCGUCAGGCGGGCUACACCGCGGCGUCAGGCGGGCCACACCCCGGGGUCAGGCGGGCUACACCCCGGGCCAGGCGGCUACACCGGCGUCAGGCGGGCUACACCCCGGCGUCAGGCGGGCUACACCCCGGCGUCAGGCGGGCUACACCUCGGCGUCAGGCGGCUACACUCGGCGGCUACACCCCGGCGUCAGGCGGCCACACCCCGGGGUCAGGGGGCUACACUCGGCGUCAGGCGGCUACACCCCGGCGUCAGGCGGGCUACACCCCGGCGUCAGGCGGCCACACCUCGGCGUCAGGGACUACACCCCGGCGUCAGGCGGCUACACCCCGGCGUCAGGCGGGCUACACCUCGGCGUCAGGCGGGCUACACCCCGGCGUCAGGCGGGCUACACCCCGGCGUCAGGCGGGCUACACUCGGCGUCAGGCGGGCUACACCGGCGUCAGGCGGGCUACACCCCGGCGUCAGGUGGGCUACACCCCGGCGUCAGGCGGGCUACACCGCGGCGUCAGGCGGGCCACACCCCGGGGUCAGGUGGGCCACAUUUGGCCCGCAGGCCUCACUUUGGAUGCUCCUGAUAUAGACGCAACAAAAUGA